GUCGCAACGUCGCUGGCGCGGCCGCCAUUGUCCGGCGGCGUCGCGUCGGUGGUCCCUCUGGCUGCGGCGGCUCUCUGGCGUGGGGGUCGCCUCGGGCGCCUGUCCUGGACUCGACGGUCCGGGAUGGAUCCCGAGGACAACACAGCAGCUGGGGUGGUGGCCGCGGGGCUGCCGGUCGCGCGGCCUCAGGAACUAGUGACCUUCCGGGAUGUGGCUGUGGACUUCACCCAGGAGGAGUGGGGGCAGCUGGACCCUACCCAGAGGACCCUUUACCGUGAUGUAAUGCUGGAGACCUUUGGGCACCUACUCUCUGUAGGCCCUGAACUUCCCAAGCCUGAAGUCAUCUCCCAGCUGGAGCAAGGAGCUGAGUUAUGGGUGGCAGAGAUAGGAACCACCCAGGGCCGCCAUUCAGGCUGGCAGCCUCAACCUAAAGGUCAAGCAUCACCCAGGGAGCAGGGCCUUCUUGAAGAGGACUCAUCCAAUGUCACAGAAAGGGAAAGAUUCCCAAGAGGUGCUUCUUGUCCUGUUCUGUUAGGGGAAAACUGGCAGUGUCAGGGCUGGGGCCAGGGCCAGGUGCUCAAGAAGGACCAGAAUAACCUGAAACAAUUAGAAUUUGGCCUCAAGGAAGCACCAAUUCAAGAUCAAGGCUAUGAAACUCUCAGACUUGGGGAAAACCCAAAUCCAUUCCCAGAGAUUUCUAGGAGAGAAUAUCUCUGUACUUACGAUUCACAGAUUACAAACUUGGAACAUAAUGCAAGUUUAGUCAGUCAGCAGAUGGGUUCCCCAGGAGAACAGCCCAGUGAAAACAGUGACUGUCACAAAGCUUCCAAUCAGGCUGUUCCAGUUGCAGAACUUGCAAGAAGCCAAGUGCAGGAUAAGCCCUACAAAUGUACUGACUGUGGGAAGUCAUUUAACCAUAAUGCACACCUCACAGUGCACAAGAGAAUUCAUACGGGAGAGAGACCUUAUAUGUGCAAAGAGUGUGGGAAAGCCUUCAGCCAGAACUCCUCCCUCGUUCAACAUGAGCGAAUCCACACAGGAGACAAGCCCUACAAGUGUGCCGAAUGUGGGAAGUCUUUUUGCCAUAGUACACACCUUACCGUCCAUCGGAGAAUCCACACAGGGGAGAAACCCUAUGAGUGUCAGGACUGUGGGAGGGCCUUCAACCAGAACUCAUCCCUGGGCCGGCACAAGAGGACACAUACUGGAGAGAAGCCGUAUACCUGCAGUGUGUGUGGGAAAUCCUUCUCUCGGACUACUUGCCUUUUUCUGCACCUGAGGACUCACACUGAGGAGAGGCCUUAUGAAUGUAACCACUGUGGGAAGGGCUUCCGGCACAGCUCCUCCCUAGCCCAGCAUCAGCGAAAGCAUGCUGGGGAGAAGCCCUUUGAGUGCCGCCAGAGGCUGAUUUUUGAGCAGACGCCAGCUCUGACAAAGCAUGAAUGGGCAGAAGCCCUUGGCUGUGACCCACCUUUGAGUCAAGAUGAGAGGACUCACCAGAGCGAUAGGCCCUUUAAAUGUAAUCAGUGUGGAAAGUGUUUCAUUCAGAGCUCUCACCUCAUCAGACACCAGAUAACUCAUACCAGAGAGGUGGAGCCUCAUGGGCGAAACCGGAGGCGUGAACAGUCCUUUGGCCGUAGUAGCUCACACCUUGUCCGUCAUCAGCACUCAAAUUCAAGAGAGACCUCUGCAGGUGGGGUAAAGGCAGGACAGCCAGAAAGCAGGGCUCUGGCCUUGUUUGACAUCCAUGAAAUCAUGCAAGAGAAAAACCCUGUGCACGUAAUUGGAGUGGAAGAGCCUUCUGUUGGUGCUUCCAUGUUACUUGACAUCAGAGAAUCCACAUAGGAGAGAAAUUCUGCAGAUGACUUUUAACCACAGGUACAAAAAUGUGGUAAGUCCACAUAGUGCAUUCAUGGAAAGGGGCUGGGGAUGGAAAUGUUGAUGGGUUACCUGACUAAGGAAGCGAUACUUCCCAAAUACCUAAGAUCGGUGGAUUCCAAAUCUACCAAACUCAGUGCCCCUUUUAACAACAGUUAUUUUGUGACAUUCCCUCCAUUACUCCACAGUGAGUUCACAGGUGAUAUAACCUACCCACAUAUGCCAUGUCAAAAAGUCAAUAUACAGCCCUGUUUUGUAAAGCAUAAUUAAAAUGAAAGUAAUUUAUGGUAGAGUAA